GUGGUACUGGUGGUGGGGUUGUACUGGUGGUAGUAGUACUAGGUCUUGUUGUUGGUGCCGGAGUGGUGGUUGUGGUGGUGGUAGUUGUUGUCGUUGGCGCGGGAGUGGUGCUGGUUGUCCGAGAGCUACUCGGCGCGUUGCUCAAGUCCGUCGGAGCAGUAACUUCUUGCCUGGAAACGGAGUCAUGUCGUCUGCCAGCAGCGUAACUGGUCAUCCCAUAUGGAUCGUACUGAGCACCAGGCAGCAUAGGCGUCUGAGCAGCUCCAAAUCCAAAAAACCCAGGAGCUAAUGGCUGAUAAGUGUAUGUGCGGAAAUAGGUGAGCGGAAUUUGCUGGAGGAUUUGGCCGCCACUCGGCUCCCUGGUUUCCCUAUGGAUACGAUGAAGAAAGCGUUGGACAGUCGGGAACCUGUCAGGAUAAGAGUAAUCUAGCGGGAAAAGGAGAAUGGGUGCACUACAAUGGCGUCUUCGAUUGCUUCGCCAAGAUGUACCGCCACGAGGGCAUCUCCUCCUACUGGAAGGGCAUCAUGCCGCCAAUCCUGGCCGAGACGCCCAAGCGGGCCAUCAAGUUCCUGGUGUUCGAGCAGACGAAGCCGCUCUUUCAAUUCGGCUCGCCCACUCCCACGCCGCUGACCUUUUCUCUGGCUGGACUGACAGCCGGCACACUGGAAGCCAUAGCCGUGAAUCCCUUCGAGGUGGUGAAGGUGGCCCAGCAGGCUGAUCGCCAAAAAAAGAUGCUCAGCACGUUCGCCGUGGCCAAGGGUAUCAUACAGCAGGACGGAUUGGGCUUCAGCGGCCUCAACAAGGGCAUCACCGCCACCAUGGGACGCAAUGGAGUCUUCAACAUGGUGUACUUCGGGUUCUACCACAGCGUGAAGAACGUGGUGCCCGAGUACAAGGAGAGCCAUUUGGAGUUUCUGCGCAAGGUGACCAUCGGCUUCCUGGCCGGCACUCUGGCCUGCUUCGUCAACAUCCCAUUCGACGUGGCCAAGUCACGCAUCCAGGGACCGCAACCGGUCCCCGGGCAGAUAAAAUACCGAGGAACCCUCAGCUCCAUGGGCAUCGUCUACCGCGAGGAAGGAUUCCGAGCGCUGUACAAAGGGCUCGUUCCCAAGAUUAUGCGUUUGGGCCCAGGUGGAGCUAUUCUGCUGCUGGUCUUCGAGUACUCCUACGAUUACCUGCUCCACAACUACUCCUAGUCCUUAAGUCCUCAAGAGGCAAGCGCCUUCUUUGUUUUUUUGUAUAAUAGUAAGUCGAUUAGUCGCGAUCAAUGCCAUCAAGGGGAUGCUACUCUUCCGAUUGUGAUUCGUCAAUAAAUGUAUUUUUACUUUGUGUUGAAAAUAAAUAAUCAAUGAUAUUUUUAG